UAUUGGUGGCAGUGCAGGGAGUUCUAGUUUCACAGGUUCCGACCUUCUCCCACCGUUCUUUGGGUGUAAACUUCCCCGGAUUUUUAAUUCUUUCAAACUGCCAACGUCCUAAAUGGCCACUGAAAAGGAAAAAGGAACAUGCCGAGACAUCAGCCUGCAUCCCUGCGCAUGUGCAGUGACCUGAGCUGCGAAUCCUGGGCGUGGCCUGAGCGUGGAUACUUCGCGCUUGCGCUCAUCUCGCUCCGUGCGGCUGCCGCCGGGAGGCUAUUGGAGUAUGUCGGCCCCGUUUGAGGAGCGCAGUGGGGUGGUUCCGUGCGGAACGCCGUGGGGCCAGUGGUACCAGACCUUGGAGGAGGUGUUCAUUGAAGUUCAGGUGCCGCCUGGCACUCGCGCCCAGGAUAUCCAGUGCGGCCUGCAGAGCCGGCAUGUGGCGCUGGCCGUGGGUGGUCGCGAGAUCCUCAAGGGCAAGCUCUUUGAUUCAACAAUAGCUGAUGAGGGAACAUGGACUUUGGAGGACAGGAAAAUGGUCCGUAUUGUUCUUACAAAGACAAAGAGAGAUGCAGCAAAUUGUUGGACUUCUCUUCUGGAAUCUGAAUAUGCAGCUGAUCCUUGGGUGCAAGACCAAAUGCAGAGAAAACUUACAUUAGAGAGAUUCCAGAAGGAAAAUCCUGGUUUUGACUUCAGUGGAGCAGAAAUCUCAGGAAACUACACUAAAGGUGGACCAGAUUUCUCAAAUCUUGAAAAAUAACUACUACUUUUCUUUCACUGCAUUCUGUGGAUCCCAACAAAGUUGCCAACAUAAAGGAACAGAUUAUGUGGGGGAAGGAAAAUGUGGAUACCUGCAGUUAACAAAUUGCAAAAUAUAUUUAACUAUGGUUCUAAAAAUUGCAUUCAAAUAUCAUUUACAUAGGAAACAAAUACUGUGGAAACUAUUCUACUGAUAUAGAGUAACUUUUUUUUGGACUUGUUUUUUUGCUCAGCAUGAAGUUUUAUAUGCUGCAUUUUACUAAUUUCAUAUUUAACCUGUAUUUUUAAUACAAAAAACAUUAGGAUAUAGAUCAUGUGAAAUGACCGGUGCCUUCAGGGACAAUUAAAUUUUUCUUUCAAUAAGUGUAAUGCAGGAAUAAUGUUCAAUAAACUUUUCUAAAUAGGAA